AUGAUGUCGAAGGGUAGCGUCUACAAACGUCCGGUGCUCCUUGCACUUGCAGCCGCCGCAUGGCUGGCAUGCAGCGUUCAGAAGACGCUGGACUUUGUUGGUGUCAGUCCGGCAACACGUGAGCCUGCUUUGUCCGCCAGGCGGAUCUCCGUGACAGGAUCCCACAAGGAGGUUAUCAGAGGCUCGGACGAGUGGAAGGACUCCAUGAUGAACAAGUGGUGGUGGCAGAAGGAAGGCUACAUGACAGAGUUUGGAUACAAGGAGAAUCCGAACUGGAACCCCUAUGACUACAAACUAGCCGAAAGAGAGAUGCGCUUCGCAUAUGCCGAGAAGAUCCUCAUGAAUGAGUUGAGGGAGAGGGGAAUGACUGACGAAGAGAUCCGGCAAAAGGCCUCCGUCUUCGAGUUUGUCGAGGGGGAGAAGCAGCCCAAGUUGACAAAGAAGAUGCAGUUCCUGCUGCAAAUCAAAUACCUGCAUGAAGGAAGAGAGGGAGAACUCAUCGACUUGGCGGAGGAGAUCGAGAAGUCGCCGCCCUCCUUCAGCUACUCCGGUGAGCCAGACGCAGACGUGUACUUGUCCCUGGACUGGCCCGGCAUCAUGCGCUGA